AUGGCUCUCCGCAGGCCAGCUAACUUCCAAAGGAGAGCUCCAGGCUGGAGAAGAUCAGGAGAUGAAUCCUACUGGGACAGCUUGAUAUCAGAAGAGGAGCCACUGCCUCGAGUCCCACAACCCUCACGUCGUCCCCAGAGUGCCAUCGAGGGAGGAGGACAGCUGGACACCUGGCUAGAACACCUGAGGAUGAUGGAGAGCAAAGUCAGACCCGACAUUAGCAAUGCAUCUUACGCUGAUCGGACAACAUCCAUGCCCGUUCUUGACAGUAAACAGAGGAGCUAUCUGCCCUUCAGCACAAGCUCAUCUUCAUGUGGGAGUCCGAGUCUUUGUGAGAGCUCACCAGGCAGCCAGGACUCCCUCAAGGCUGGGCUUCUGCUCCUUCAAAGGCGCAGAGGAAGCUGGGAGAAAGCUCACAUCACACAGUCUCCAAAGAAGGAGCAAGCUCAGCUUAGUUAUCUUGCUCCGGUCAAGAUUGGGUGGCUGCCAGUGCAGAGAAGAGUGAUGAUGGUGGCGAGUGAUGGCAGCCAAAAUCAAGGUUCAAACAGCUCUGCAGGCCAAGUUAAACUAAAAAAGCCCCUCACUCCAACCCUUCAGAGGACUGGAGAAACUCCCAUAGCUCAAGAUGCAGAAACAGGGAGAAGUCACAACAGAGUGAGUGCUUUGUGCGUGAAGACAUGGAGGACACCUGAUCGAGACUCUCCUGAUGUCAGAGAGGUGCCAGAUAAACCGAGCUUUCAUGCUGAGCAAGGGGGCAGACGUGUCGGCUGGCAAUCGCUCAGGACGAGCUGGAAGGCCAGCAGGGUGGCAGCUUUCCCUGGAGGCUGUAAAUCCAGUGAGCUUUCCACAGGGACCAUCGUGGACUCUGGCAAGAAGUGUCCUCUGACAAAAACAACAAGCCCAGAGCCCCUGAAGCAUUAUCACACAACUUCUGCUGAUCCCAGUGGUCAGCUACAGAUGUCGCCCAAGUCACAAAGCCCUGUGCAAAGAGCAAGCAGUGUUCAGCCCAUCAAAGCAACAGCCUUUUAUGGGAUAAGUGCUAGCUCAGGUGCUCCACACACACUGGAUAAUCCAUCUGUGACCACGCGUGUACCUCAAAGCAAAACACCCUUCUCCUCUAUCACCAUCUCCUCCAAAAAAGUGAGCAGAUCAGCCAGUUUUUCUGGCUCUAACUCAUCCAGCACGCCUUCUACUCCUGGCUUGGAUCACCAGCCCAUGGAUCCAAACUCCAGACAGAUGAGAGUGCAAAGAAAGGCUACUAUCAUCAAAGUGACAGACAAAAAAGUGACAUCCACCCUCAGUCCAAGCACAAGUCGGCCCGGGACCCCACCAGCUUGCUGUGGUUUAGACAUGGUGGUUGGUAGAAGAAAAGCCACCAUCAUUAAAGUGACAGAACAUAAGGAAAGCUACAGUCCAGCCAAGACCCCAAUCAGGAAUCCAGAGUUCAGGCACAGCUACACCGAGGGGCUGCAUAAGAGUCAGGAAAAUGGUUCAGACAACGCAGCACCACGGUACCACUGUCUGGAUCCUGGGCCAAACUCAUCCACCACCUCAAACACUUCUCCAUCCAGUCCAAAGAAACAUAGUACCCUGCACAGAUCCAGUUUUAACUUUUUUGUGAGCAGUUGUCCUGCCACAACACCAGCUCCCUCUGAGGUUUCAUCAAAGGCGGUUGGACAGAGAUCGGACAGGCCGAAAAGACCACUAAGCUGCUACGGUGAUUUGACUGGACACACUGAGCCGAGCGAAGAGAUCGGCGAACAAUCAGCUGCCAGCAAAUGGAGCUUCGGGCCCCCACAAGGGAACCGCAUCAACCCUGUGAGCUUGGACAGAGGUUUCAUCAGCCCUGGAAAAGAAGUGAAAGAAGCAGGUCAGCCAGUAGAACACGCCCUCAGCCCUCCAACAGAGGAAGAGGAGGGAAUGCCUCCAGCGGUGGAGGGAAAGAGGAGAGCAUCCCCCAGUCUGACGCUCAUCACGGCCCCCGAUCCUCAUCACUCUCAGGAGGAAGUCCUUGCCCUCAACGCAGCGGCCAUCAUAGCAAACAUCAAGCUUCAGAGACAGCUCAGUAAGAAGAAAACUCCAUGCAGCUAUCCCGAAGAUUCUGCAGCAUCACUCCAGGGAAAUACGGUAACGGAUGGGAGGAAAAACAUGAAGACCAGUUCUGAGCAACCCCAACACCAGAACCAGCCUCAUGCUGAAUCUGCCCCUCUGAGGCUGGAGCAUGAAAGGUCAUCUGAAACUAUUUCUCUUCGGCAAGCACUGCAGAGAUCCAGACCAGAUUUCAUCAGUCGGUCUCAGAGCAGGGUGCAAGAGCUGGAACGAAAGGCUCAGGAAAGGAGGCAUCGGUCGAGUUUGGAAGGCCGACAGCUACAACAGAAGAGGGCCUGCAGCACGAAUCCUACCUCUGUAAACGGUAACCUUGUCAGACAAAGAGACAGAGGGAUUUCCUGGAAGGAAACAACGCCCAGGUCCAGGAAGUGAGCUUCAUCCGUCGGCAGACUAAUCUUUUUUUCAUCACCUCGACGUGAAAGGGCGGAGCCUGUCUUUGGCAUCUCAUUGCCAAGUAUGCUGCUCCUGUCUAUCUGUCAAGACCUCUGCUCCAAUUAAAUAAUUUUGUUCUUCCUU